CGAGUCUUCUCUCCUUACAUCCUUCCGUUUUCGCUGACCUCCGAUCCCGUCUCUUAUCCCUCUUCCUCUUGCCUAUAAAUGUCCCGUUCUCCUCCUUCCUUCUCCAACGCUUCCUUUGCUCUUUAAAACCUCUUCCCAUGUCCCUUUUCCAGGAUUUCUGGUCGUUCUUCCAGCUUGAGCGUCCUUUAGGAAAAUCAGGAUCGCUGUUCCAGUACUUGUAUGAAACCAUGACCAACUCGCGCUGCGAAGGGAGCGACUUCGAGCUCUGCCGAGACGACUCUGCCGCAUUCGUCCUCAAGUUUGUGGCGAUCGCGUCCAUACUCAUCGCGGGAAUGACCGGAGUAGCCUUACCUCUUUUCGGGAAACAUCGGUGUAAUCUCCGCACAGACGGCAGCCUCUUCGUUGCCGCCAAGGCUUUCGCGGCAGGAGUGAUUCUGGCCACCGGCUUUGUCCACAUGUUACCGGACUCGUCGGAGGCCCUGUCAAAUCCCUGUUUGCCCCAAUAUCCAUGGUCCAAGUUCCCCUUUACCGGUUUCUUCGCCAUGAUCUCAGCCCUCUUAACACUCUUGGUUGAUUUCGUGGGAACCCAAUAUUAUGAACGGAAACAGGGGAUGGCGCGGGACGCCGAAAUCCAAGGACGGGUCGGGACGUCAGAGUCGGGCAUGGAAUCGGGAAUCGUGCCCGUUGUGGAGGUUAGGGACUUGAGUGGGAAAGUGUUUGGGGAAGAGGAAGGCGGCGGAAUGCACAUAGUGGGGAUGCAUGCUCACGCAGCGCACCAUAGGCACAACCACCCACAAGGCCACGACUCUUGUCGUGGUGGCGUCAAGGAACAGUCCCAUGUCACAGGACAGAGCUAUGGCCACUCACACGAAUUCGGAGACGAUGAGGAUGAAGACGGUGUACGCCAUGUCGUCGUUUCACAGGUGUUGGAGCUUGGGAUUGUAUCACAUUCAGUGAUAAUCGGGCUCUCUCUGGGAGUGUCGCAGAGCCCUUGUACCAUAAGGCCGCUGAUUGCAGCCCUAUCAUUUCAUCAAUUCUUUGAAGGAUUCGCACUUGGAGGCUGUAUCUCCCAAGCUCAAUUUAAGACCUCAUCAGCGACCAUAAUGGCCUGCUUCUUUGCCCUGACAACGCCGUUGGGUAUCGGAAUAGGCACAGCGAUUUCUUCAGGAUAUAACCCAUACAGUUCGGGAGCACUCAUAACCGAAGGCAUAUUGGACGCUUUGUCAGCUGGGAUUUUAGUGUAUAUGGCUUUAGUAGACCUGAUAGCUGCUGAUUUGAGCAAGAGAAUGAGCUGUAACUUUAGGCUGCAGAUAGCUUCAUAUUGCAUGCUUUUUCUCGGGGCUGGAUUGAUGUCUGCGCUUGCAAUCUGGGCCUGAUUCCUUUUCAUUUCCAAGAUUUCAGAGCACAGUAUUUUACUAUUCUAUAACAGAGGGGGGCGAUGAAUAACGUGAAGAUUGGAGGGAGACGAGUAUGAGAUAUUCGCAGUAGUCCCCAUCUAAUUUACACAUAGCAAGCGAGGAAAAAGGGAGCAAACACACAGGGUCGUUCGUCGUCAAUGCCUGUCUUCCAACAUGCCCUCUUCCCUCAAAACGUGCAGCAACUAGUUAACGAGAGAAAGGAUGCCAAGGGAUGGGAUGAUGGUCUCUGUUCGUCCCAAGAAUUAGUUUAUUUUUAAUGUCCUUGUUGAUACCCCAUGAUUCUUAAUGGAAAUUUGAAAUGUGGCAAGGGAAAAUGUUGAGCAAAUGAUAAUUAUGUCUAUAUCUAAAAAUUAACACUCUAUUUAGUUGGUUGGAGGGGAGGGAUAAAAUUUUCCCUCCCAUCCGUAUUACUAAAUAAGGGGAAGGGUAAAAUUUGGUUGGUUUUAUUUUUUUCUAUGUAAAUUUCAUGUGUACGGUUUUCUUUUUGAAGUAACAUUAUAGCUCUUAAUUUCACUCGAAAAUGAGGGUAAGGCAGUUCCUGCCUUUUCCCUGUCCCAUCCAAGUGAGAAUUUACCUUCCCUUUCCGUCCCCAUCCCUCCAAUGAUUCGCUUAACAUCGAUGUCCAGGCUUGGAGUUUAUUGCAACUUUUUGGAAAUGAUGGAGCCUACAUGGCGUCAUAGCUUUUACCUUCCGCCGCUUCCUUCAGUCGGUGGACGUCUCCCGCUUUCACGACUUUAGUGGGUGGAUAUGAGAAAGGCACAGUGCUAAGAAUGGAAAAUAGCGAUAGAAUUGUAUAUUAAUUCUGGCUUGAUUUUGGAGUGCAUUGUGAUCGUUCACACGCUCACGUGCACGUUUGUUUGUUUGUUUGUUGUUUUUUUUUGGGACUGAAAGAUAUCCAUUCAAUAACAAACAGACAACAAGAAGACAAGGGUUGUUUCAUCUC